AUAAAAUGGAUAUUGAGUGGUUUGCAACGGGAGUUGGUGCAGUUGUUGUUUUGUAUAUUCUUUAUCAUUUCAUCAGAAUAACUUUGAAUAUACUGGGCCCAUAUGUCUUCUGUCAACCAAUUGAUUUGAAAAAGAAAGCUGGAGCUUCAUGGGCAGUGGUUACUGGAGCAACUGAUGGAAUUGGAAAAUCUUAUUCAUUUGAGUUGGCUAAACGUGGAUUCAACGUUUACAUAGUUUCUCGUACCCAAUCAAAACUUGAACAUACGAAGAAGGAGAUUUUGGAAGUACACCCAGAUAUUGAAGUUCGUUUUGCAACUUUUGACUUCACAAAUCCUUCUGUCAGUGACUAUGAAAAGCUUCUGAGCAAGUUGAAUGAAGUAUCAAUCGGAAUUUUGAUUAACAAUGUUGGCAUGUUUUUUGACUAUCCAGAGAUGUUGCAUAAAAUAAAUGGAGGAAUUGAUUCAAUUGCAAAUGUUACAAUUAUCAAUACAUUGCCAGCAACUUUGCUCUCUGCUGGUAUUCUUCCACAAAUGGUGCCUCGAAAAGCUGGAAUUAUCGUCAAUAUUGGAUCAGUUGCAGGAUUAGCUACAAUGGCUGAAUGGUCGGUCUAUUCUGCUACCAAGAAAUACGUUGAAUGGAUCACAGGAUGUCUUCAAAAGGAAUAUGGACACCAAGGAAUUAUUUUCCAAGCUAUCACCCCAGCAAUGGUUGCAACAAAAAUGGCUGGAAACCCGAAUACGUCGUUCUUCACCCCUGACAGUGACACGUUUGCCAAGUCAGCUCUGAACACAAUUGGGCAUGCAUCUCAAACAACUGGAUACAUUACUCAUCAAAUUGAAUGCGAAAUGCUGAAAUUGCUUCCAGAUUUUGUUAUCGACAGAUCCAUUAAGCAAACAAGUGCUCAGCUCCGUGAGGCUCUGGCAAAGAAUGAAAAUAAGCCUUUGAUGUAGAUGUGGUUGAAACUUUAUUAAAUUUAUUGUAUUAUUUACAAUGAAUUUUUUGAUUUCCAAA